AUGGCUGACCCGUCAGAGUAUGUCGAUGCGUCGCACAUCUCGCUAACGGCAGCAGAGAUGCACUCGUUUCUCUCUGCGGGUAGCGCAUGCAGCAAACUGUGCUGGGAGAAUGAUGACCCCGUCAAUGUGAACUCCAAUCGUACAAUGUUGCCAGCAGCAGCAGAGCUGGGUGUAGUUCGAAAGCUCCGAGAAAUGAUGGGUGACAACUCGUGUUUACUGUCAGCUAUCGUCGGCUCGGCCUUGUGCAGUGACGCACAUGAGUUGAUCAAACAAGACUCCGGCCGUCGUGUGCGCAAUUGGAACCAAGGACGUAGGUCAGGUGGAAAGAAUCACGAGCUACUGCAGCGGACACGUAACCAGCGGCUCCAGGACCGGGGCACAGAGAACCACGAGUACGAGCCAUGCAUGCAUGAGGGCAUGUGCGACUCGACAGGCUGCUCGUGCAUGAAGCGUGAUCGCAUGUGCGAGAAGGCGUGCUCCUGCUCUCGCGAGUGUCCUAAUAGAUGUGCGAUCUCGAUGUGUGGCAAUGUCAACGUCAUCCGUAGCAAGCACAAACGACUAGGUAUGAGUUUCUCCCCGAUCCACGGAUACGGAAUGUUCGCGCGAGAGACGAUCUCGGCAACCGAAUUUGUGUACCAAAUUCGGCCUGUUCUGUCGCAGAACGAUGCGGAGCGCCACGGACUGAUUUAUAACAAGAUGGAAAUGAGUUAUUUGUUUGAUCUGAAUGCAGACGCCGUGCUGGACGCGCUACGCAGCGGCAACAAGAACAAGUUCAUCAACCACGAGGGUGAUUCACCGAACGAAGGUGAUGAGCGUGUGUGGUGUGCACCACAUCACCAUGUGGGCGUUGCAGGAUAUCGCUGUUGGUGA